GAUCAGUAAUGGCUACUGCCUGCACUUCAACUUCUAUAACGGACGAUGAAAGAAGAUGGGUUGUCAUUGGUGUAUGUUUGACCAAAGUGCUUACUCCUGCAUUGAGGAAUGUUCUUGCAACCGAAAUAGCAAACUGGCAUCAGGUUUUAUGUCAACCGCCGAGCGAAAUUGACAAACAAGUUUAUGGUCGACAUAAAAUACAGUUAAACCCAUCAACUUUAGACCUCAAGUAUAAAAAUAUCAACAACAAUGAUGCCCUUAGAUCACCUCGUGCAUUUAAUUAUGCAGUUACACAUCCUUUAUCUUUGGCAAAGUUGUUUGUUCAGCCAUUCAUGUCCAAGUUCACUGGCUUUGAUCAAACAAUGGACAUAUCUGCAGUCUUAUCAGUGAUUUGUGAAGCUGCACCAUUUAUAGGAGCUGCUGCUCAUGCAAAGACAGUUCGAUCAGAUAUCAGAAACGACUGGGCACAUUGCAACUUUGUAAAUUGGACUGAAGCAAAAUUUAUUGCUGCUUUUCAAAAUAUGGAAACUUUACUUAAGAACGUGAAUUUGUCACCUCAAGAUGAACAGAAAUUGUGUGAUGAACUGAAUGGUUGGAAAGAUAAAGGUAAAGAAUUAAUUACAAUUCACUUGCUUGAAGUAUGCCUAGACAAAACUGUCUGUUUUACUGUACACUUAGAAACCAUCUAUUUAGAGAGACUUGCAAUGAAGAUUCAUGUCUUACCAUCAUUAAAUGUUUACAUCAACCUAACAUAUUAUCUCCUCUUUUGGACGGAAAUCGUGCGAGUGUAAAUUUUAUACAUUUCUAGACGUAACCAGAAGCAGAACUAUUGGCUCUCUGACAGGAUCCGCAAUUGCAGGACCGCUGGUUCGAUUCCUGCGAGAGACCAAUAGUUCUGCUUCUGGUUACGUCUAGAAAUGUAUACAAUUUAAACUCGCAAUUUCGUCCAAAAGAGAUAAUAUGUUAGGUUGAUGUAAACAUUUACUGUCGAUGCAAUGGAAGUGUUGAUAAAAUAUUGCACCAAUUCCUUUCCUCAAGUUGAUCAAUUCAUUUGAUAGAAAAUUGAUCAACUUCCUGUUACUUUUAGAUGAGCCAAUUAGAUUUCGUUUCAGAACCGAUUCACCAAUAGGAAACGCACAGGAAGUAAAAAGAAAUUUGAAUUCGUAUGAAUUGAUCAACUUGAGGAAAUGAAUUCGUGCAAUAUUUUAUCAACACUUCCAUUGCAUCGACAGUAAUGAUGGUAAGACAUGAAUCUUCAUUGCAAAUCUCUCUAAAUAUAGAUGAUUUCUAAGUGUACAGUAGCAGCAAUAAACUGGUGGAAUAAACUGGUGGAGUGCUAUAACAAACUGAGCUAGGCAGAGACAAGUGGUCGACUCAGGGCUCACAUUGAUACCAGUUCUUCUGAACUGACGUGUCUACCCUGGUAAAAUAAAGUUGAUUUGAUUUGAUUAAAGAGCAAGUUCAACCGUUAAAGCUCGUCAGCUUGACUCUGCUCGUCAGCUUGACUCGUCAGCUUGACUCGUCAGAUUGACUCGUCAGCUUGACUCUAGCACAGAAUACUACACAGAAGGCCAUCUCCAUUGUUUUUAGCGUAAGCGCUAUUCGUCAUGAUUCGUCACUCAGCAAGUACCGUAAACAGAAGCAGUCUCCCCCCUGGAAAUACUAAAAAUGGCGAACGUCCAGGGGGGUGACUGCUUCUGUUUACGGUACUUGCUGAGUGACGAAUCAUGACGAAUAACGCUUACGCAAAAAACAAUGGAGAUGGACUUCUGUGUAGUAUUCUGUGACUCUAGUCCUGCCCUGGAUUCACAGGACUGCAAGUUGCAUUCCCUGCGGUAUGGCUAUUGUUGCGUUUUUUACAGCUGCCCUUGGUUUGAUUUAAAAAUGAAUAAAAUUUAUUACACUUGAAAUUUCUAUUUACAAAAACCGUUCAACAUUUAAAAUUAUAAAUUUUUAUAAUAAAUAUAUAAUUUAUAUUUUUAUAAUUUUUAUAAAUUUUUAUUAUAAUUUUUAAAUUUUUCAAAAUUAUACUGCCACUGGAAAUUUCUUUUAACGAAAACCAUUCAACAUUCAGUUUUAUCGAAUGAGAUAAUUUUAAUAAAUAAAUAAAAAUAAAUCAAUUUGUUACAGGGUUGCAGUUGUGUUUCGGUCAACCUGUCGACGUUGAAAUCUUGACUUUACUCAAGAUUGAAAUCGACGAAGUUCGCGAAGCUGUCCAGACGUGGAUGCUCAAGAAAAAUCAGGUUUUAAUUUAUUUGGUUAAUCAUAACAAUUUGUAUACCUCUGCACACUUUGUUCCACGUAGGCGUUUUUUCUCUCACGAUCAGAAGACUAGUAGAAGUUUUCGCUCGAAACCUUGAAAUUCUAUUUUUCAGGUAGUUGCAUCAUACACACAAGUUCUCAGUUUGCAUUCUCCACCAUUCGCUGGGACCCAACGCACAGAUUAAUAUUUAAAGUGUCCAUCAACUGUGAAGGACGCAAAUAAUAUUAUUUUUUCAAAUAAUAUUUAAAAUUUUCUUUGCAUCACGUAAUAUAUUUGUCAUUUUACAGAUAACAACACUACUUUCGAAUAUUAGUGAGAUUCAGUCAACCUUGAAUGAAGAAAUAGACGACCUGCGCAUGAGAGUGAAAAAUUGCGAGAUUCAGGGAGCUAACAAUACCUUGAAAAUAGAAGAAUGCGAGAUUCAAGGAGCUAACAAUACCUUGAAAAUAGGAAAAUGCGAGAUUCAGGGAGCUAACAAUACCUUGGAAAUAGAAAAAUACAAGACGAGAAUAGAAAGAUAUUCUGAAGUAAUAAAACUUCUUGAGCAGAAAUGUACGACGGAACUUUCAAGAUGUUAUAUUAAGGAAGAGGAGAAAAUCCCCUAUGUCUUCACUGCACCCCAACGCAAUCGUUAUUUCGCUGGUCGAAUUAAAGAAAUCCAGGAGCUUAAACGUAUUCUGAAAGUUGAGGAAACGUCGAAAGAAAAGAAAGUUCGUGUUGCAGCAGUAUGCGGUUUGGGUGGAAUUGGUAAAACAAGCUUAGCUUCCGAGUAUGCUCAUCAGAUGAAGGAUUUCUACCAAGGAGGUGUUUAUUGGUUCUCGGCUGAAGAUGAUACGUUUCUUGAGAAAACAGUAAACGACGUCGCAUUAAAGAUUGAUGCGUUACUUGGUUCAUUUGAUUUAACUUUGUCAAAUACACUGAAACAAAUUAGCAGAUCACAUGAUCCAUGUCUUAUUGUCCUUGACUGCUUGGAUCAACUGGACCUGUCGUCCAAUAUGAUUAAAUUUCUUUCCUUUCCUGCACAAGAAAAUAUCCUUGGACAUUUUGUCGUGCUAACAAGAAGAAACCCAAAACUACUUGUUAAUGAAGUUUCAGUCUUCGAGAAGGAUUCUUUUCUUCAACUCAAAUGUUUCCUCUCUAAAGAAGCAAAGGAAUUUCUCUCUUCGAGAACUGGCGUGGACCUUGAUGAAAAUGUAGAGAGUAUCGCAGAAUGCCUUUGCGAAGAGCUGGGGAGACUUCCACUUGCUUUGGAACAAGCUGGAGCUUGUAUUGAUACGCUUAGUUGCACUUUGUCCUCAUACCUGGAGCAAUAUAAAACUGAACGCUUGCGACUGCUGAGUCAACAACAGGGACGCCCUGUAUCACCAGGCAAAGAGUCAUCUGAACGUUUGGCAGUUCACACAACAUGGCUUAUCAAUAUGGAAUAUAUGAAGAAGCGAUCGAACGGUCAUGCUGCUAUUCGAUUUAUGAAUGCUAGUUCAUUUUUCAAUGGAAGUGAGAUUGAAAAAGAGUUGGUCAACGUUGGAACACCUGAAGUGGAGGACGUCGCGUAUCGUGAAUGCGUGUCAUCGCCGUUGGGUUGCCGUCAGGUUCUAAAAUUGUUGACUGACUUUUCACUUUUCACGCACGUUCAGCCGCAUUCUGUCAGUACCCAUCGCUUGGUUCAGGAACUAGUCAGAGAAAGUCUUAAUCCAGAGUCUAAAGCAGAGAGUUUCAUCGAUGCUGGGCGGAUACUUUCUUAUGCAUUCUCUAAAUGUUCUUCACCGAAUAAUCUUGUAAGUCUAGAUGAAACGAUUGAUGAAGAACAAGAUAUAUCUUCCUCAGAUUUACCUAGUAGUCCUUCUCACUUUUAUAUGUGGUCUAAGUUUUGUAUGCAUGGUCAUCAUCUCUGCAGAACUAUGGAGGAUCUGUUGGUAACUCUUGAUUCAGUCUAUCUAGAUCCAGUGUGGUUUCCAGCAACUGCCAAAAUCCUUUAUGAAUGUGCUGUUCAUAUGAGUGCAAAUUAUAGGCAGGAAGAAGCACAACGCCUUUUGAACUUUGGGUAUCGUAUAUUAGACUGGGUUCCUGUAGCAGAGUAUGAAACGGUAAAAUGCAGUGUUUCAAAUAAUUCCUUGUUUCCACUUUCUAUUCCUUUAUCAAAAUCAAUUCAGAUUGUGGUUAAACGAUGUUGUAUGCCUCCUUUUGCUUCACUUGCACCGCUGACUGAAAAACCUGGUUCUGAUGCUAGUUGUCUUCAUGUAAACGAUUUGGAAGAGAAAUUGGAGAAAUUGAAGUUAGAUGGAAACAAGAGUUUCAAAAAGGGUCGUUACAAGGAAGCAUUAGAUGUUUAUUCUUCUGCAAUAGAUAUGGCCCAAGAGUGUAAUACUGCUUUCAAUCCCUUGUUGCUUACUAACCGUGCGACAGUGUACUUAAAAUUAGGGCAAUACGAAGAUGCUUUAAAAGAUGCAAAUGAUUACAUAACGCGUCGUCCAGAUUGCUGGAGGGGUUAUGCUAGAAAAGCUCUUGCACUUGAUGGCUUGAAUGAGAAAGUCAGUGCUGAAAUAGCUGCUUCUUUAGCUUUUUAUCACAACAGGGCUAUUUUCUCAGAUUUUUCUCCUUUCAAGGAAUCUUUUUUUGAUUUGCAGAAACACAUUUUUGUAUGCGAUACUGUGGAUCAACUGAUUUCAAACGCUGAGCGUUCUCAGAAAGUGGAAGCAAACUUGCUAACAAUUCUCGUACUGGGAUCGAAAGAUUAUUUCUUAAAUUCUGAUUUAGUUGAUCCUGGUAUAGUUUUGAGUAACUGUAUUCUAGUUGGUGCAAGGAUAAACUGUUCCGUUGUUCUGAAGUUCGGAGGUCAUACAAACGUUUAUUUGUUGAAUAAGUGCAUGAUUACCAAUGUUUCGUUUUAUUUUGAGGAGGGUCAGGUUUGUGGUCGCCGAGGUUCCUUGGUCAAAAUUCUCAACUGCAAUUUUAGCGGCAAAGAUAAUAAUAAAAACGCUCCUAUUGUUGCAAGCGAGGGUGAAUUUAAUGCAGAAAGCUGUAAUUUUAUAAACGGCAACUAUGCUGGGUUAGGAUGUUUUGGACCAGGUAAUAUGGUUGUCGUUGACUGUUCCUUUUGUAACAAUGGGCACUUUGGCUUACUAGUGUUUAACGGCGGAACGUUGAUUGUGAAAAGCAGUCGCAUGUAUAACAAUCGUGUGCAUGGGUGCCAAAUUGGACCCGAAGCGUCAAAGUGUGUCGUAGUUAAUUGUGAUAUUCGCCACAAUGACGAAGACGGGAUCCUUGUCGAGCGCUCAAAGAAUGUCAGGAUUAUGCGUAAUAACAUUUUUGGCAAUAACGAAUUUGGAUUAGAGAUGGUAAGUUCUGAGGUGGAUAUCAAAGAGAACAAUAUUUUUGACAACGGUUGGUGGGGAAUUUGGUCCAUGAGCAAUUCAUGGUGCAAUGUAUCGAUGAAUAGAGUUUUUCGCAACAAAGCUGGCGGAGUACGUGUGGGAUAUAGAGUUGCGGGAAAAGAGUUUUCUCCAUCUGUCGUCGAACUAAAUAAAAUUUAUGACAAUAUUGGUCCUGGAUUUUUGGACAAUGUGAACAAAUGUGAAAUGGAUGGAAGGCCGAGCGCAAAUGUUGAUUUAAGGAAGUCGUAUUUAAAGUCUCCCAAUUCCCUUCAAUCCGCAAAAUGCCUGGACAAUGAAGUUCACAAUAACAAAGAAAGUGAAAACGUCAGGCAGUUGAAUUUUGCCGUUCCAUAUUGCUCAAAUUGUCGUAAGAAGUGCGAACCGAAGAGGUGUGGAAAGUGCUUUACUGCUGUGUAUUGCAACAAAGCUUGCCUAGAAGGCCACUGGUCGAAGCAUAAGAAACUAUGCAAGGUUUUACGUGGAAAGGCGAGCUGUCUAAUCACUUCGAUGAAAAGGGUUGGUGGUGAUGGUAUGAUUAAACAUCAUGCGAAAAGCCUAGAAGAAAUUGGUCCAAAGUUCAGUCCUCCACCAUCACGAGAUGGCAAGAGAUUUAUUGUAAAAGUACAGUCUAGUGUGCCAAGGACCUAUUUAAAGCCGCACACUCUUCUACUUUACGAUCGCAGUCUUGAACUUUACGAGGAAAUUCAGUCGAAAGUUAUUGCUAAACUCGUGCAAGAAUUUGGUAUACAAUGUGAAAGGCAGGCUGUGGAGAAGAAACUUUUCUUGCAUUGCUUGUUUGAAGAAAACGGACAGCUCCGAUUGUUCAGCAAUGAAUUUGCCGAUUUUCUGAAAUGGUAACUAAUGAAUAAUAAAGCCAUAUAUAGUGAUGGGGUGAACAUCCGCAACAUAAUAGGAAAUUGUGAGUCGAAAAAACUGAAAUGUUCAUACAACAUAAAGUUAAGUACUUGAAAUGUCCGCCGAACAUUCUCGCACGAUUUACGCGUGGUCAACGGAGGGCAAUGAGGGGCUCUGGCAAGAACCAUAUCAACGAGGCAACUGCUUGGCCGCAAGGAAGAUUAUUAUUCUAACACCGGAUACAUUCGUUUUGAACUUGUCAAAAUGGAACUUUUUAUACUACUUAGAGAAUGAAUCGAAUGGAGUUAUGGCUACAUGCUGGUCACGUGUUCUGCAUGUGCUAUACAAUUGUAGCAAUAACAAUACAAAAACAUUUCCAAACCUAUUAAUAAAUACAGACCGAAUUUAUGACCGUUUUCCACUUCGCCACGUAUCGUAACGAAUUGGGAAAGGUACUGGUGAGCAUGCUUAGAUUGAAAAUAGGUUGAUAAAUUCACGUACUCCUGCAGGGUGUAUUCGCGUAUGAAAAUGAAAAGUUCGUCGCAAGUCAAUUUUUUGGCGUACUACGGAAGUAUUAAAUAAUCAACAUUCACUAAAUUCGUAAAUUUUUUUUAAAAAAAAUUAUACUUUCGGUACGGUACGCUUGAAGUGAAAAACGGCCUUUACACUAUGACGCUACGGCAAAGUUAUGGUAGCGUAUUGAUUUGCAUCCGGAGUAGCAAACGUGGUGGUUCGUAGUUGUUACGCUACGGCAAACCACUCCGUUACAAAUUAAACACAAUACUAAAGCCCGGAACAAACAGGGAUGAGAGUGCAGGCGUGAGAGUUGAAAUCACGCGACCUUAAUUAGUUAGCUUUUCUUAAUGCUGGUCGGAAGACUUAUCAACCUUUAUUUGGGAACUUUAUUUGGUUAACAUAGCGUUUCCAAUGUAAUAAUUCGUCAUCAACCGUCGUUUGACCGGGGCUUAAGAAACGUAGUGAAUUUUUAACGCAAUGCUAACCCUAGCGUCAUUAUGUAAACACGGUCAUACAGUUGCUUGUGAUGUUACUCUGAGUGUAUAUCCACACCGGGCAAGCUUGAAAAAUAUGCCUGACCACGGUGGGAAUCGAACCUACGACCUUUGGAAUACUAGCCCAGAAAAAAUCAUGAUUAUUAUUAGAUAACAUUGAUAUCGAAGAUAACAUUGAUAUCGAUUUACAACACAGAAAAAAUCAUGAUUAUUAUUGGAUAACAUUGAUAUCGAAGGAACUAGAUUCUGUUCCGAAAUAUCACAUACUCGAACCGACCAGACCGCGUAGCUCAGUUGGCAGAGCAUUGGGCUAGUAUUCCAAAGGUCGUAGGUUCGAUUCCCACCGUGGUCAGGCAUAUUUUUCAAGCUUGCCCGGUGUGGAUAUACACUCAGAGUAACAUCACAAGCAUCAUAUUCACCUGAGUACAUUACACCAACACAGAAAAAAUCACGGUCAUACAGUGUUUGUGUCUUUGUGAAAUCAAACUAUUACUAUAUUUUUACAACUGCUAAGUUUAUUUUACUUGAAUAUAUUAAGCUGUAUACAUUAUUAAUGAUUUUAUUCAAGAGGCGUGUUGUCAGCCAAACGUUGAUUAUAACAUUUAUACUGAACGAACAUGUGUUCAAGCAUGCGCUGUGUUGUUAAACGGUUCCCUAGGGGGAGGG